UGAACACGAGCUUUUAGCCUUUUCAACUCCCAUGAGCCGCAGGUGUGCUUGCGAGGAUUAUGUCCUAUGCGGCUGCAAGAUUCAGGGUUUGCUAUGGCCGUUGCCCUGGGAAAUUCUUCCUGCUUUAUCUGUGCAAACCAUAGCUGGCACAAAUCCUCUGCUCUGAGAUCAUUGUUCUUGGCCUUCCUUGUCCGAGGCACUUGUACAUGUACCCACCGUUGAGGCUCUCAUCGUCCAUUUGAGCAUCAUCUGUCCCUCUUUUGGAUUUUCAAACAUUCGUUCGAUCCCACAGUGGACAUCGCAAUUGCUUGCCGAUCUCACUAUACAAACACACCAAAUACGACUAUCUGAUUAUCACAUCACCCUGUUCACCAAUCCGCAAGCCGCAGCCGAGAGGAUUUCCUAUGGCUUUGCUUAUGGCGCAAGGACAUAUUCGAACGAUGCCAAACGAGUUCAAUCAGCAUGCCGGCCAUUCGUAUAUCGAAUUGAACGAUGCGCUACAGAGCGAACGCCAGGCGCUACCAUACCCGACAAAGACCGGUCGUUCUACCGUCACAUCGAAAUCCUUCUCAACUUUGCCCAUGACCGUGAGAGAGUUUCGAUCGGCCAGCACAAUCGAUCUAAAACCGCGAAUGAACCCUCAAAGUGCUCGACCAAGCACAGCAGCGCCUCGACGCAUGACCGAGAGCAUUUUCCGACCCUCCACAGGCGUCGCUCAAUCACACGAGAGCCCGUAUGCUUCAACUGGUUUCCCUGCACCCCGCAGCGCAAGACAAAGAGCAGCCUCCAAGGCCGAUUCAACAUUCUCGAACAUCAAGGAGAAGGUAUAUGGCGGGUUCAAGCAACAAAAGCGUCAGCCCGUCUAUCGGCCGUGGGAGGAAGAGAAGCCCGCCCCGCAUUUCUUCCCUGGAUGCAUUCAACACGGUGGUCCUGAAGCUGAUCAUGAACCAGUUCGACUCAUGAUGCAGCGACGUCCGCAAACAACAGAAACACGAGCUCCCCGAGAGGUUAAGCUAUGUUUGACCACCAAAGUACACGAAGUGUCGCCCUUACACGAGAUCUCACCUCCUCCAAACGAACAUCGCAAGGUGCCCGCAUCAAAAAGGAUCAGCGUCACCGUGCAUGGCCUUGGUCAGAAGGUGAAGAACCGUAUGUCAUCAUUUGGAUGGAAGAAGGAGCCGCGAGCGCAGGAAAUCGUAGAGGUUUCCGAGGAACAGCCGCGCAAGUCAAUUUCGGUCCCCAAAGAAUUUACUCCACUACCAUCAUACGAAGGCCGUCGACCCUCACUGCAGGUUGGGGGCAAUACUGUCGCUCACGUACCGCGUGGCCGUGAGCUGUCGCGGAAGAGUUCACUCACAACGUCUGCUGUUCUCGUGCCUCGCGCGCAUACCAACGAGGAUGCUCUCCAGCAAGAGGUCGAGCCACUGAUUGCCUCAUCGCAUCACAAAGCCGCAGUACACAGUGGCUCUAGUCAGGCCACAGAACGACAACGACCUGCUACCACAGCAUCAGCCGGAUACUUUUCCCACGCGUCCCGCACUGGGUCUUCUCACCACUCUCGGGCGAUGAGCCGGCACUCAUCCGUUGACGAUGACGAACAGCACUUGGAUGAUGCCGACGCCCGAGCUUUGCCUUCACUCAUCCUCACUCGAAUUCAGACUGCCAUCCAAGAGGCGGAUGAAAACGGCGCCUUCAAGGAGGAAGUCAUCUCUGCACGAUUCGAUUCCGCAUACGGCUCUUCCACCAACCUCGACGACCAAUUCGACGCCGCUGGAAACUGGCAGAAGGGCCCCACCACGGUGGGAACGACCAACAUGACGACUGCGGGCUUGACAGCGAGCAGCAGCAUGCGCCCCUCACCGUCGCAGCCCUCAACGCCAACACAUCAAGGACGUAGCAGCCGUCCACGUGUCCGCAAGGCUGCGUCCGAGUCUGUAGUGAGCAUGAGUCACACCGCUGCAUCUCACUCGUCUUCCGCUGCGGCUUCCCGAUCGCGCCCGCCGAUGCCGAAGCGCUCGAGCGUAUGGAGCUUCAGCCGCCCACAAUCGGGCACCUCAACGCCUGUUGUCAAGCGGGACAUGAACAUCGCGGCUGUGGCGACUGUGGCGGGAAAGUCUAUCCAGAGGAGCAGUAUGAUGGUGCUUUCUGGUAUGGCUUUCUGAACAAAACAGUACAAGCCGUCUCCCUGACGUCGUCAAGGGCAUGCCUUUUCAUUUUUCUUUUAUCUGCGAGACAUGCGUUCCAAGCGCGCUGUCCCAAACACUCACUAUCUCUUCUACCUUUGUGCACACGCUGUCUGCGAUCCGCGAUGGUGCUUAUCAUGUCUCUCCUAUCAUUUCCGUCUCUCUUUGAUGCUACAUUCCCUGCAGUCCCCAUGUUGACAGGGCCCAUCGAUUAUAUUUCCUUUUUGAUGCUAUCAAGUCUUAUGUGAUCUCCACUUUGCAAUACUGUAUUAGAUUUAUCGCUUUCACUCAAAUUCAAG